AUGCAUCUCCUCCGGGUUCUUCUGCCGCUUCUGACCCUUUCGCCCGCUGUGCUGGCGGCUCCGGCCACGCCAGCUGCGCCUACCGUCACGAUCGCAUCUCCUGCGGCCACCAUUGUUGGGUCGUCCGGAAAGGUAGAGAAGUUCAAUGCCAUCCCCUUCGCCCAACCACCCACGGGCCCCUUGCGUCUGAAGCCUCCCCAGCCAAUACAGAAGCCCCUGGGCACUAUUGACGGCACUGGCAGCGCCAAGUCGUGUCCUCAGUUCUUUUUCUCGACGGACAACAGCGAGUUUCCGGGGUCCAUCACCGGCCUCUUGGCCAACAUUCCCCUCUUCCAGACCGUGACAAAUGCCGGAGAGGAUUGUCUGACCCUGAAUGUGGCCCGUCCGUCCGGCACAACGCCAGGCUCGAAGCUGCCCGUCCUGGUAUGGAUCUACGGCGGCGGCUUCGAGCUGGGCGCCACGGCCAUGUACGAUGCGACUUCGCUGGUGGCAAGCUCGAUCGACCUGGGCAUGCCAAUGGUCAUUGUCGCGAUGAACUACCGAACGGGAGGAUUUGGGUUUCUGCCCGGGAAGGAGAUCCUUGCGGAUGGCGCGGCCAACCUGGGGCUCUUGGACCAACGCCUGGCCCUGCAGUGGGUGGCUGACAACAUUGCAGCCUUUGGCGGCGAUCCGGACAAGGUGACCAUCUGGGGUGAGUCCGCAGGAUCCAUCUCGGUCUUCGAUCACAUGAUCCUAUACGAUGGCGACAAUACCUACAAGGGGAAGCCGCUGUUCCGGGGCGGCAUCAUGAACUCCGGUAGCGUGAUCCCGGCUGAUCCCGUAGACGGGGUCAAGGGGCAGCAGGUAUAUGAUGCGGUUGUGGACUAUGCCGGCUGCUCCUCGGCGGCAAAUACGCUGGAGUGUCUGCGCGGAUUGGACUAUACUGACUUUCUGAAUGCGGCCAACGCGGUGCCGGGCAUCCUAAGCUACCAUUCCGUGGCCCUGUCAUACUUGCCUCGACCGGACGGCAAGGCGAUUACUGCCAGUCCGGACAUCUUGGUCAAAACGGGCAAAUAUGCGGCCGUACCAAUCAUCAUCGGCGACCAGGAGGAUGAAGGGACAUUAUUUGCGCUCUUCCAGUCCAACAUCACCACCACCAAACAGGUGGUGGACUACCUGGCCAAGUAUUACUUCUUUGGGGCGACGCGCGACCAGCUCGAGGAGCUGGUGGCCACCUAUCCGGACGUGACCACAGACGGCUCGCCCUUCCGCACGGGUAUCUUCAACAACUGGUAUCCGCAGUUCAAACGAUUGGCGGCCCUGCUGGGCGAUCUCACCUUCACUCUGACGCGCCGAGCAUAUCUCAAAUACGUGACCGAGCUCAAACCCGACCUGCCCUGCUGGUCGUACCUAUCAUCGUAUGACUAUGGGACGCCCAUUAUGGGCACCUUCCACGGCAGUGAUAUCCUGCAGGUGUUUUAUGGUAUUCUGCCGAAUUACGCGUCGCGCGCGUUCCACACGUACUAUUUCAGCUUCGUGUACGAUCUCGAUCCGAACUCCCGCCGGGGUAGUCUGAUGGAAUGGCCGCGGUGGAACGAAGACCAGCAGCUGAUGCAGUUCUUCAACAAUCGGGGGGCCUUGCUGGCGGAUGAUUUCCGCAAUGACACGUACAACUUUAUUCUGGACCAUGUGGAUUCGUUCCAUAUCUAG